CACUUUAGAUAGGCACAUUGUACAAGGCCAGAGCCGCGCGGAAAACACGGGAAGGCACUAGGCGGCUGCCGGGUCUCUGUGCACGCGACUCAUGCAGCUCUAGAGAGUCUAAGCUCCCGCUCUUUACUAGAUCCAUCUGAUAAUGCAAGGGUUGAAGGCCACGCCGGGUCUGCGGGCCUCUAGCGGUCGGCCGACACUCCGCACUGCGCGGACAGCGCUAGUUGUGCGUGCCCAUGCAUCUCAGCCCUCCAGUAGCAACCAUGCCGAGCAGCAGGAAUGCUCGAGCAGCGGCAGCGGAGUCAGCGUGAACCAGCCCUCGGCGCUCGGGAGGCUCGGCAAGUUUGGGUUGUCGUCGGCCCUGUCAGCCUUCGUGCUGGUGCCCAAUUUCGGCGGAUUUGGUGGUAAUGGAGGCAAUCGGGGUGGAGGCGGAGGUGGUGGCGGUGGUGGUGGCAGCGGCGGGCAAGGGCAGCCGGAUGGCGGAUUGCCACUGCCGCUCUACGAGCUUGCCGAGGAGUCCAGCGACGAGAAGGAGAAGCAGCAGAAGGACGACAAGCGGAAUUGGAAGAACCUUGUGACAGACAGCGAGGAUCUUGAGGAGAAGCCCGGCGAGCGCUCGGGGACGAACCGCUGCGUGGAGAUUGUCAUCGAGGGCUGGCCGGAUGUCGGCAACCUGCCCACCGCGGAUGAGCUGAAGGACCUGCUGACGGUGCAGGAGGGCCACAUCUUUGAGAAGCAGGACCUGCUGGACGACCGCCGCAAGCUGGAGAUCCAAUACGAGGAUUACAUUGCGGAGGUGGAGAUCCGCACCGAGUACGUGGACGGCAAGUCCAACCACCAGCGGGUGGUGUACAAGUUCACGCCGCACCAGUUCCGCGGCAUCAACGCCAUCGACAUCAAGGGCGCGGCGCUCAUGCCCGCGUCCGAGGUGGAGCGCAUCUGCAACGAGUGCCUGCCCAAGCAGCCCUACAUGGUGGACAUUGCGGUGAUGGACAAGGUCCGCAACCGCAUUGAGCAGUGGUACCAGUCCCGCGGCCUGCCGUUCUGCUACGUGGGCUUUUUCGACGGCAUGGACGACGGCAUCCUGCGCGCCAACGUGACGGAGGCCAAGAUCGACAACGUGUCGGUGCGCUUCGUGCGCCCCAAGCUCACCGGCGACUCGGAGCUCGAGUACAGCGUGUACGACGAGGGCAAGGUGGUCAAGGCUGACAAGAUCAUCGAGGCCUCCGGGUUCCAGCGCGGCCACCACUACCACGUGGAGGACGGCUAUGACGCCAUGAACUCCAUCUUCGCGUGCGGCCUGCUGGAGGACAUCAACAUCGAGCCCGAGCAGGACCCCUCUGACGUGAACAAGAUCAACGUCAAGAUCCGCUGCGAGGAGGUGCAGCCCAAGAGCAUGGAGCUGGACCUGGACUGGAGCUUCCAGCUCAAGAACGGCAUCCCCUCCAUCAACAGGCAGAGCCUCAUCCCUGGCGGCUCCGUGGAGGUUUCGCACGAGAACCUGUUCGGCAACUCGGAGUCGGCCACGCUCUCGCUGUCCGCCUCCGACUGGCGCAACCCCUCGGCCGACCUGGGCUUCUCCGUGGCCUAUUCGGAGCCCUUCUACAAGCCGCACACCACCCGCAACGCGCAGCUGUUCAACACGCGCAAGACCUCCACCAUCUUCACGCCCGGUGGCGAGUCCGAAGUGCCGCCCGUGUUCGUGGACCGCUUCGGCCUCAAGGGCUGGACCAGCCAGAUCACUGGCCAGGACAACAAGGUGGAGCACGCGCUGAUGCUGCAGCUGGUGUCCACGCUGGACGAGAACGGCCAGGUUGUGGCCAAGGGCACCAAGGUCCAGCGCGGCUACUACGCCGACAACGGCCCGCCCACCACCAACAGCGGCAACGGUCGUGACCUCAGCCUGUCCUACCAGGGAUUCUUUGCGCUGGACAAUGUGCGCUUCAUCAACGGUAACCAGCUGGGCGAGCGCAUGCUGUUCCAGGUGGACCAAGGCCUGAACCCCUCCAUCAGCCUGCCGGGCGGCCGCAAGCUGGGCCUGAGCGGCGGCAUCUACAACCGCGCCACCGCCAGCUACACCAAGUUCCUGGAGGCGCCCUUCCUGCCCAAGCUCACCACCGAGCAGCUGUGGAAGGAGCGCAAGGCGCCCAACACGGUUGUGCUCCACGCCAAGGCCGGCAACGCGCUGGGUGACGUGGCGGCGUACGACUACUUCUCGCUGGGCGGCCCCUACAGCGUGCGCGGCUACAGCCACGGCGAGAUCGGAGCCGCCCGCCGCUUCCUGGAGCUGGCCACGGAGGUGCGCGUGCCGCUCAAGAAUUACGGCCUGCCCGGCACCGCGUACGGCUUUGUGGAGUACGCCACCGACCUGGGCAGCGGCCGCGAGCUCAACGGCAACCCCACCGAGUACUACCGCAAGCCCGGGCGCGGCAUGAGCUACGGCCUGGGCCUGAAGGCGCUGGGCGCGUGCCGCUUCGAGUAUGCGCGCGACUGCAACGCCGGCACCGGCACCUUCCUGGUCAACUUCGGCGAGCGCUUCUAAGCGGUUGGGCGUGCUGAGGCCGUGAGGGAGUUGUGCCAGGGAGUCGGGGUGGUGGAGGCGUUUCGGCGGGGAAGGGUGACAGGGGUUGAUGGGGUGAUAGGAUGAGGUGGGGUGCUGGGAUGAGGUGAAGGGGAGGAGGGGAGGAGGAGCAGCAGGCGAGGACGAGGCACCAGCAAAGAUGCCGGUUGCGUGAGGUACGUGAGGCGAGUGUGCACGGGUAAGCAAGGGCGCAGCAUUGCUGCCGGAGCUCGAUGUUCGGCCUUGCGGCAUCAUGGCAUCAUGGCAAUGUGGAUACUUGGGGGGAGGGGCUACCAGGGGUCAAGGGGGCGCCUGGGUCUAAUGCAGCUAGCGGGUACAACCGCCGCGGGAUUGAAGAGGUGCGGUUGCGCAACACGGCGCGAUGGGUUGAGGUGUUGAAGGCAAGUGCGGAUAGGGAGCUUCGGCUUACAACAGAGGCAAGCAAGAAGCGUGUUGUGCGUGCGUGUGUCGGGAACGUGCCACAGAAUGUUUAUCGGACCGGGCGCUCUGCCGCAACGCCGUACGGUGUCAUUGCACAGUAGUUUUGCGCCGACUCAGAUGACAGGCCACGCUAAGUCGCUUAGCCAUUACCGGUAGUACAGACGGACUGGAUGUGGUGGGCAUGGUGGUGCCGUUGCUGCGAAGUCGCUGUGUGAUCGUGGCGCACGAAAGCAGCAGGGUCUUAAGGGGGAAAGUAGCGGGCUCGGCCCGACUGAUGUUGGGUUGGCCUGACCGGUAACAGUUCAAAGUGCUUGU